CAUCAUCAUCAUCAUCAUCAUCAUCAUCAUAUUCAAUGACGUCAUUGUCGUUUAAAGCAUCAUCAUCAUCAAUAAAAUCAUCAUCAAUAACAUCAUCAUCUUCACUGACAUCAUCAUCACCAUCUAUUUUAUCAUCACCAUCAACAUUACCAACAACAACAACAACAUCAUCAUCAAAAGCAUCUACAUCAUCGUCAUCAUCAUUGGAGACAACAACGUCGUCAUCAUCAGUGACGACAUCAUCGUCGUCGUCGUCAUCAUCUGCAGUCAGCAAAUUCAAUGCUUACUUAACUUUCGUGAAGAGAUACCAUGCUUUGAAAUAUGAGGAUGAUGAAGAAGAUGAGAAUGAAGAUGAUGAUGAUAAAGACGAUGAUGAUGGUGAUGUUCGAAUUCAUUCAUCGAAAGUUUCACCACCUAAUACAACUUUCCAUAGAGGUUCAUCAGACGACGAUGGUGACGACGAUGAUGGUGACGAUGAUGGCCACCUGAUGAAAAGUAAAUUUAGACUAUCACAUUCCAAUAGGAAAAGAUUGAGAGAGAAUAUCGGUGGUAAUGACGAUUGUAGUGAUGCAAAAAGGAUUAAGAACCAAGUAGUCGAAGAUGAUGACGAGGACGGCCCGCCAGCAUCAUCGAGCACAUUUCCGAAAAUAAUUCUCGGCCCAUUCAGACCCAGGUAUGCCAUUCGACCUCCGCUCUGUCUGCCUCCUCCCAAAUCUUUCCUAACUUGCGACGAUCUGACUAAACACAAACUAAAGAUGGAUUUGUGGUUACGUGUGUUCUCGUACCUCAGCCAUGUGGAACUGACCAGAUGCUGCAUGCCUGUCUGUAAAACUUGGUACAAGUGGUGCUUCUAUGCACCUCUCUGGAGGGAGAUAGAUCUCAGCAGGAGGAAGAUUAGGCAGUGUCACUUGGUAGCCAUAGCGAGGCAUCAGCCAGAAUAUUUGGAUCUCAGCUACACCAACAUAAGCAGGCAGCAGCUUAGCUGGCUAUCAGGAAGACUCUUCAACCUGCGUGGCUUGAAGUUAGCUGCUUGUGCUUGGUCAGCUGUCAGCUGUCUCAGCAGCAACAGCAGUUUCUGUCCACAGCUGCGAGAACUUGAUUUGUCUUGGGUUUCCGGCUGUUCAGAUUCGUUGUUUAAGAUUUUGUUGUCUGCCUCAGUUGACGAGAGGCCCGGUGUUGAUGCGACGCUAUUGAGGUUGAGGGAUUGCGUCAAGUUGGUUUUAACUGGCUCAGACGUUACUGACGUUUCUGUUGAGUUGAUAGGUCAAACGCUGUUGAAGUUAGAAGAGUUGAAUCUGUCGUACUGUCAAGGAGUUACUGAUAAGACCAUUCAGUUCCUUACAAAUUGCACUGCUUAUACAUCUACUUUGUCGUCGUCAUGUUCGUCAACUUCAUCUCCAUCAUCAUCAACGUCAUCAACUGCGUCAGCGUCAAAACAAAACAUUUCAAGCGUUAAGAAUCAGAUUCUGCCCCCUCCAAACAGGCAGCCAUGCAGCAGAAGAGAUUACAAACUGUUGCAACCUCACACUUUGAUCCUCAACUCUGUGCUCUACAGAGGAACAAUAACAGCACCAUCUGUGACAUUGUUACAUGUUCAACCGCAAACAACCGCAGCCUACAACAAACAACUUGCACUCAGCGGAUCUUCAUCGUCGUUUUCUCUUGCCAAUUUGAAGCUACUCGUCCUUCUGGGUUGUCAUUCCAUAAGUGUCACAUCUGUCAAUAGUGCCAAAGUCCUCAGACCUACUUUGAAUAUCGUCCUACGAAAAAUGUGA